AAUUUCACAUAUUAUACAAAGAAAUCGAUUUUAAUUUUGACAGUAUGUGCUGUACUACUGAUAAUAAAAACAUAUUAAUAACAUGGCAUGAUAUUCCUAGUAAUGCAAAUGAAUUAAAUAAUGAGGAUAUGAAUAGAAAAGAAGAUGUAUAUAGAGAAGCAUUUUCUUGGACAGAUACGAAUACAAAAUUGUUUCUAUCUUUGUAUAAAGAAAACAUAGAUCUAUUUGUACAAAGAAAAAUUAAAACAAAAAAGAUUCUGUGGCAAAAAAUUUCAGAAAAAAUGAAAAUUCAAGGCUAUAAUGUUUCUGCAAUACAAGUAGAAAACAAAUAUAAAUCAUUGGAACGAUCUUAUAAAAAUGUAAUAACCCAUAAUAAAAAAAGCGGAAGAAAUAGAUUAAAUUGUCCUUAUGAGACGGAAUUAGCAGAACUAUUAGGCGGAAAACAUAACAUUAAACCCUUAUUGUUAUCAGGAAAUAAAGGCAUAAUUUAAAAAAUGAUAGUAGGCCAACAUCUUUGUAAGUUUUAUAUUAGAUUUUAAGUAAGAAAAGUCUUAAUUAUUAGGAACUGUUUCUUAUAUAAUAAAAUUGUUUUAAUCAUUUAUUUUAAA